CGACAUGAUGUCAUAAGGUUGCGCCAUGCUCCUGCAUCUGUGAUUCUGCUGAAGAAAGAGUGUCCAAACACACAGAGAAACUCCUGGUGAAGCGACUGAGAUCCACGUGACACACUAUUAUAAAGAUGGAGUUUAUUAAAGAGGAGAGUGAAGACGUGAAGAUUGAAGAAACAUUCAGAGUCAAACAUGAAGAAACUGAGGAACAAACAGACCUGAUGGAGCUGAAACAGGAGAGUCGAGAACUGAAUGAAAACAGAAUGAGAAAGAAAAAUCAGUAUGAGAAAUGCCAUGAUUUCAUGACUGGAGAGAAAUCUAAAACUCUUAAGACUCUUAAAACAGAAAGUUCUCAAGUUCACACUGGAGAGAGCCCAUUCACCUGCCAACAGUGUGGAAAGAGUUUCACUCGAAAAGGAAGCCUUAAAGUCCACAUGACAAUCCACAGUGGAGAGAAGCCAUUUAUAUGCCCUCAGUGUGGAAAGAGAUUUAGACAGAGAAAAAACCUUAAUGGCCACUUGAGAGUUCACACUGAAGAGAAGCCUUUGACCUGUCAGCAGUGUGGAAAGAGUUUCACUCGAAAAGAAAGCCUUAAAGUCCACAUGAGAGUUCACACUGGAGAGAAGCCAUUUAUAUGCUCUCAGUGUGGAAAGAGAUUUACACAGAAAAAUACCCUUACAGUACACUUGAGAGUUCACUCUGGAGAGAAGCCUUACACCUGCAAACUGUGUGGGAAGAGCUUCACACGAAAAGAGACUUUUAAGACUCACAUGACAGUUCACACUGGAGAGAAGCCGUUAGUUUGUGAUCAGUGUGGAAAGAGAUUUAGAUAUAAAGAAAGCUUUAAUGAUCAUAUGAGGAUUCAUUUAAGAGAUCAUCUUAAUAAUAAUGCAGAAAUUCAAAUUGUAGAGAAGCAUUACAUACGUCAUCACUCUGGAAAUAGUUUCAAACAUAGAGCAAACCUUGAGAAUCACAACAGAAUUCACACUAAUGAGAAGCCUCAAAUAUGUCAUCAGUGUGGAAAGAUUUUCAGACAUAGAGCACACCUUGACAAUCACAUGAGAAUCCACACUGGAGAGAAGCCUUUUACCUGCCCUCAGUGUGGAAAGAGCUUCACGCUUAAAGGAAACCUUAAGAUUCACAUAAGAGUUCACACUGGAGAGAAGCCUUUCACCUGCCCUCAGUGUGGAAAGAGCUGCAGGACGAAAGGAAACCUUACGAUUCACAUGAGAGUUCACACUGGAGAGAAGCCUUACGAGUGUCUUCAGUGCAAAGAGUGUUUCACAUAUUACACAGACCUGAAACGGCAUUUGCACACUCAUUCUGAAAAGAAAUAGCCACAUUCCUCAGUGUGACAAGAGGUUUAGAAAAAGGAGCAAUUUCAACAAUCUGUGCAUUCACUCCAGAGAAAGACGAUUCAAUUGUGAUCAGUCUAAUAAAAACAUCAUUCUUGCACAUUGUCACAGUUAUUUUCUGUUAUGAUCAUUUUUUCAUUGUAUAUAGAUUCUGUCUUAUGCUGGUUAUUUGACUUAGGUUUGUCUAAUUUUUUUUUUUUUUUUGCUUCUUCUUCCUUUAUUUAAAGAAACAGGGACAGCGUACAAUAAACAUUAACCUCAAAGGGAGAGAUGCAUAGUACCGGGUUUUAGCUCAAGAGCUAAUUUUCACCCGUAGUCCCUGGGCAGGCUGAUGUUAAGCUACAAUAUAUAAAGCAUACAUGAGUAAUAAAAUUUACAAAAAAAACAAUGUACAAAAGUUCAUGUUCACACCUUUCAUAUACUUAGACCUUAGAACACACACUUACACACACACAUACAUAUAUCUGGUCACAUGUGGAGACAAAUUUGAUUUGAUAAAAGCCAUUUCUUUACUUGGCGUGUGAACGUGUAAGAAUUUGUGUUUUUUUUUUUUUUUUUAGCUCUACAGGCAACAUAAUUAUUCCACUGACGAGUGGCCAUACAAGAAAAAGCAGAGUUUCCAAAUAAUGUCCUGCGUUUAGGGAUCCUGCAUUCACCUCGCACUGUAGAUCUUGUGGCUCGAUCUGUUGUUUCAGAGCCUAAUUAGUCAUCACAUUCAUCUGGUCUGUUGAUCAUCUUGUUAGUUAUCUGUGUAUUUAUACUGUGUUCUCCCUCAUUCCCUGUCUGUUCUCGCUGUUGUUUUAUGGUGUAUGUUGGAUUUAGCCCGCUGAUCUCUGAGUUUGUCAAUAAAGACAUUUAUCUUGUUUCUUCUUCAUCUUCUUGACUUUAUAUACACGCAAACCUUAGCAGGAGAACGGACCAAACAGUGAAUCUUUUG